AUAUCUUUCCCAGUCCCACACUCCGCAGAGACGUUACACAGCGCAGAUAGACUGGAGCAGAGCUGCGCGCAGUAGCUCUCCGCCGGGUCUCGUUUUCACGCCAUUUUGUUUGUUUCCACCUGGAAGAAGUCGUGUAUCAGCGUAACUCAGAGCUAUAAACACGCGGCUUCGAUCAAACGACUCUGCAGCGUCUCGUUUGCAGUGCAUAUAGACAAGGAAACGCCGUCAGUUAGACGCAGUUUUUCUUUUCGACGACAAACUAAAUCUCGAGGAUGUCUCACGGCGGUGGUGGUGGUGGCGGUGGCGGCGGCGGCGGAGGUCGCAAUGAGUGCCGAAUUUACGUUGGAAACUUGCCGCCCGACAUCCGCACCAAGGAUAUCCAGGAUCUUUUCUACAAGUUCGGCAAGGUUACCUUCGUCGACUUGAAGAACCGCAGAGGUCCACCCUUUGCUUUCGUCGAGUUCGAUGAUCCUAGGGAUGCAGAAGAUGCAGUCCAUGCCAGAGAUGGAUACGACUAUGAUGGAUAUAGACUACGAGUUGAGUUCCCUCGUGGAGGUGGACCAAGCAGCAGUUUCCGAGGCAGAGGUGGUGGAGACAGUAGAGGCCGUGGUGAUAUGGGUAACUCCAGAGGUAGAGGACCACCUGCAAGAAGAUCUCAAUACAGAGUUUUGGUUACUGGCUUACCACCCUCUGGGAGCUGGCAAGACUUGAAGGAUCACAUGAGAGAGGCUGGUGAUGUUUGUUUUGCAGAUGUCUACAAGGAUGGAACUGGAGUAGUUGAAUUCUUAAGAUACGAAGACAUGAAAUAUGCAGUUAAAAAGCUGGAUGACUCAAGAUUCAGAUCUCAUGAGGGUGAAGUCGCUUACAUAAGAGUAAAAGAAGAUCACGGUGGAAGUGGUGAUCGAAGUCGUAGUGAAGAUAGAGACAGAGGUAGAAGUCGCUCAAGAAGCUACAGCCCAAGACGUAGAGGUUCACCAACAUAUUCACCAUUGCGUAGAAAUUAUUCGCGAUCGAGGUCACGUUCCAGGUCUCGCUCAUAUGACUAGAGUGUACGUAUGAUAAAUACUAUACUCUAUGAUAACAAUCAAUCAACAUAUUUUAUUAUUGUGCUGCGUUUGUUUUGCGAUCGAAUUUUGCUAAUUAAAAAGCUUCAAGCUAAGCUUUAAUUCUGGUAAACUGGAAAAUUGUUUCAAAUUUUAACCAAGUUUUUUGAUUUGUCAUAUGUUAACUAGCAAAUUUGUGAACAGUUCGUUACACUGUAACUUAUUACAGUACAUUUGAGAUAUUUCAUGUGAAGCUUUUAAUAAGUAAUAGUGUCUCAUUUUUUUUUUAUUCGAUGAGUCAUUUAAACGCUAAGUAAUUAAUUAAGAAAUACAUUUAGUCACAUGGUACUUGUAUGUUGUAAUGAGAUACAUUCCUCUGCUCAUUUAUAAAAUAAUAUUAACACAAUUUGUUAUACAAGCUUUAUCUAAACAACUUUAAGAAACCCAAUGAAUUUCAAAAUUAAACACUGAUUUGUUUGGAUUAAAGUUUUAAAUUUAUAGAUAAUAGAAAAAACUUUUGAUCAUUAUUUAAUUUAUUUACAAAACAACGAUGAAUUACGCGUUGGGAGAUACUAUAAGCAUGAAAUUUUAAUUUCCAGUAAUUCCAUAUAACAGACUUGUUUUACCCAUCCAAUUUGCUUUGUCUCCCUCGUACAUACAUUGUACACUUAAAAACGACAAACUUAGCAUUAAGUACAAUGAAUUGUAAAGUAAGUUUGAAAUUAUGACUAAUGUCAUGCGUUUUUUUUUGAGCAAGCCCAAAUUGAAACAUUUACGCCCGUAAAUAGUAUUUAUUCUUGUUGUUGCGAGUUUUUUAACUUCUCGCUUGAAGUGAACAUUUUUGAUAAUGUAAUAAUCAUGGCAUUGAAUUAUUUUUCAAAGGGAUGCAAAAUUGUUGACCUGUUAGAAAUAUUUACGUAUAAUUGUGCUGUUUUCAUUAGACUAUUAUUAUUUUUAUGUAACAUAUUAUCAAUUUUGCAAUCCUUUUAUUAGACAAAAUAUUCUACCAGCCAGAGGAGAAACAAGCUCGCUUCAAUUAUUAGACAUAAACUAUUGAAUAAUCAUUAGCGUUUAUUGUAAUGAAUUUGAAACUAAUGUAUUUUUUCUUCUUUUGUAUAUUGGAUUGGAUUGUAACACAAUGAAUGAAAAAACCUGAAACCCACACAUGAUGGUCUUGCUUCUUGGAUGGAUUAUGCACACGCGACGCGUUGCUUUGGACGGAUUUCGCGCGGAGAGCAUAAGAAUUAUCGGGAAAGGAUCGCGGAAAUAGGAUUAAAACGAGGGAUUAUGGAUUAAAUCGCGAAGAGGAUUUAAAAAGGAUCGGAUUCAGGAUAUCGGAGUCCUGACUCGCUUUUCAAAAAGGAUGGCAUUUUUAAUUUUUGAAGGAAUUCUUCGCGUAUAGGAAGGAUCAAAGCACCAUUCCCAAGUUUUGUAGUCAAUUUUUAAAGGAGUUGCACACGUCUCUUAAUAUCUGGAUCAGCUUGCAAUUUUUGUUUGUGUAUUUUUUUUUAUUUUUUUUUUAUUUAUUAUUUAAAGACUAAGUGAAAGAGACAUUUGACUCUUUGUUGUAAAGUCAUCGAAGCAGCGAGAGUUCAUAUAUCAAAGGAUUUACUGAAGAGGAAAUUCAAUGGAUGUGUGCAAUGUGUCCUACAAACACUUGGGAAUAUGUGUUUCAUUACACGUUUUAGUUAAAUUAAGGAAGUCGAGGAUAAGCGUAAGGCAUUUACCGAAAUGGAGAAUAAGUACAAGAGGAUUUCAUCAUAGAUCUUCUCUCAAUGAUGCAAUACCUUGCUUGACAAUCUUUAAUUGGAAAGGAUUUUCAAGUAUUCGGAAAAAUUGAUACGUCUAUCGGAGUUUAUCAUAGGAUCCUCUUCACGGGAAUAAUUUGGAAUUCGCAUUAAAAUCAUGGAUACCUUUGAAUAGCAAGAGGAAAUGAGGAUUUCGAUUCCUCGAGUUAAGCAUGUUUUUCAUAAAAUAAAAGGAAAAUAUAUACGGAUCGUGUAGGAUUGAUUUCCUUGACAACGGAUACUUUCGAACAUUUACCGGAGGAUCUAAUUCGUUCGGAUAAAGGUAUUUGUAUUUCGGAUUUUCCUAAUCGAGAUGCCUCGUCUUUUAAAGUUUUUGCAUGCACUAGCUUUAAUAUGUUCUUCCUUCAACUUGAAAGUACUUUCUAUAUUUUCUAUUUCAUCUUUCGCAUUGUCAGUUAACGUUCCAAGUUAUUAGCGACCUUGUUACUAUUUUAUUUUAUACAUAUGCUGCUACUGGUUUCAAGUGUUUGAUUCGGAUCACGGAUCAUUUUCAGGAUUUAAGUAAGUAGUUCAUAGUUCAUCACUGCGUGAUCAGAAGCAACGUUUGACCAGGUGAAGGUGUCAUGGUAUAUACUAAACAUGUUAUUCUCUAAUCAAUUUUUUUUUAGUCAAUUUAUCAAUGAACGCGUAUUAAAAUUAACAGAAGUCAAAACACUUUUUUAUUCUGAAGAAAGGCUCCAAAAGUCGUUUCAUAAAAUCAUCGGCGACAACCUUAAGUGCUCAUAAUAAUAAAAUUAACAACUCUUUUUUUCAAACUUGCUUUUUACAAAAAUAAAUGAACGUUUGUAGAUACUGCAUAUUUCUUUCUACAACAGUGUAACAAAUUAUUGCAUGUUGUACAAGUUGCAAUUCGUAAAACAAUAACAUUAAUGAUAUCAUUUCAUGAAACUAUACACUAGUGUCAUGUAUUUAAGUCCAACUUAAAAUAAAACACCUGUCAAUAUUUCACUUUUUAUAAGUGUUUGUCUAACCACCACAAUAUUCGUUUUGCACAUAUAUAAGUAGAGUUAAUAUAUGUGCAUAUAAAUCUAUAUAUUUAUGAUUAAAAUUUGUAAAAAAAUGUAUGAAAAAAGUAUUUGUUGCAGCUAUUUGAUUUUUCACAUUUAGAAAGUUAAUAUAUAGGUAACCCUAUGCUCUACAAUUUAUAUAUUUGCCAUGCAUGAUGAUUUAUAACAAAAUUUUCAUCUUAAAAAAUAAAAUGGUUACCGACAUUUUUUGUAAUUUCAAACUUUUAGAAAUAUCGAACUUUAUAUACAUAUAAAUAUUCAUCUGCUUUGCUCAUCUGGAAUGAUUGGAUGGAAGGAAAUCAGGAAGAUUGCUGUAUACCAGAAAGUGUUAAAAUUAUUAAUAUGUAUCUCUUGUACUCGUGUAAGUAUUACGCGACAAUAAAGAAAUAUGAAUAAUCAAA